AUGAAAAAAUUGGAAUUGCGCUUCACGGUAUUUCUGCUUUUAGCGGUAAGUCAGUAAUAUUAUUUAAGUUUUACUACUUGAAAACUAUGUUUUUAAUUUUUCUCUCUUUGUAUACAGUUAUACCAUUCGAUUCCGAUUUAAAUACAGCCGAGUUGCACUAACGUAGAAUUAACUUUAAUGGCAGCUAGCUGCUCAGUUAAAAGCACUGUCCUAAUAAACACUGACAAGAUACGCGAAAAAUGUGAACCAAACUUUUAAUGAAAACAAACAUUUCUUAAGUGUGGCGAUUUGGCUGAGAGAGUAACUUUCUAGCCAAUAUUUUAGGUUUUUACAAGGUAAACUGAAUUUUGCAACAUUUAUUAAUUUUUAUUUUAGGCAGAAAAGGGCAUUCGAUGUGGUCAAUACUGAUCCACGUAGAAUCAGGCUAUCUAAUUUCAAAUACUUUUCUUUAGAGAAACUCUUUUGCGGCCAAAAAACAAAAUAACUUUGAUAGCGGCUAGGCUGGUCACAGCGGCUUUUAGUUGUCAACACAUAGAAGCGCCUUUGGCUCUCACCUUUGCCACAGGACCAAAAGAGGCCAUAGAUGGGGUUGUUACCCAAGCCUUUGAAAUACCGUCCACGGUACUAAGGGUUUUUCGAGCUUCGCCAAAAGCGAUACAGCUUUCACUCCGCAACAGAAAUAAAAAGCUAGGCAAAUUUGCUGUCAAGUAUGUUUUUAACUUGGCGACGGAGGUUUGUAUAACGCGCAUCACAUCUUUAACAAGCACAGCAUUAGACUAUCAAUGUUAAGUGUCUUUGAGUACCUUUGCUGUGUUUUGGUUUGAUGCGAGCUGAAGUUUAAUGCCGUGAACAGAUCAUGCAUGGUAAUUAAACAUUACAUUUUAACCUUCAGGUUGCAUUCGCUUACUCCGGUUUGAAUGUAAAAGGUGAGUCCAUCUGCAUAUUUGUAUUACAGCAGUCUGCAUUUGGUUUUGUUUUAAAAGUUGAACCAAAGUCCGUUCAAACUCAGAGUAGCCAAUGGGAACGCAAGGAAAAUGCAUUUAGCCGACCCCAAAAAGGGGGAAGCGAGUGCCUGCAGUCACUAUGGAACCGUGAGUUACUCACUGAUCUGAUUGGUCAAGAGACUUGACGUAAGAUUGUUUGACCAAUCACACGUUGAAGCAACCCCGAACUUUAUGUAAGUGGUUUAAAAGCACUUAAAGACCGUGGUAGCAAGAUCAUACGAUCUCAUACAGCACUUGUGAAAUCCUUAAGUUUGGUAACACAUGACACAAACUCAAAGAGACCGAUUCUAGUUUCAUUUGUAGCCAAACGACGAAUUUGAAAUUGAACAUUCCACAGGAAGCCCAAGGAAUAACGAUUAAUUUAGUUGUCAAAAGGUUUAUUUUACACUGAAUCAUAUGAUGACAUUGAUGACAAUGAAUGGUGGAUACACUGACUACUGACGUCAUUACUUUGCAGCUGAUUCUAACACCCCAGGGAACUCGGGGGAGAACACCUUUGAUGAUAACCUUGCGGACUAUCCGCACGUCAUAGACGAUCAUAUCCCUGGGAUAAACGAUGGUGGUAAUGACGAUGACAAUGAUGAUGGUGAUAUUGGUGAUGAAGGAUUCUAUGAUGAUGACAAUGAUGAUGACGACGAUGGAAGUGAAAGCUUGCGACAGGGUCUUGGCAGAGGUUCUAAUUCGUCGGUUGUUCAUAAACAAGACGAGGUUCGCUCGUCGGGUGUCAAAAACACAAGCCCACAGCAGCAACAGUCAGCAGAUGAUAGCGAGAUAAAUGAGUCUGGCUUGUCUGAUGAUAUUGAUGAUAAAAGUGGCGGAAGCGGAAGUGGAAACGACGAGGGCAAAGGUCACGGGGUAUUUGCAAGGUAAAUUAAGUAUCUUCUGCAUGUUUGUAUGAAUUAAGGCAAAGGACCAUGCGGAGAUCCCUGAUAUAGGCGUGGGAUUAUCAAAUCCAUAAUAAGAGCCAAAAAUUUUUAGAUCGCCCUACGAGCAACCACUCACAUCCCUUCGUUAUUCUGUCAAAGAACCUCAGCUGUUCAGUCCUUUCAUAUAGCAGGAGCCCGUAACCCGGAGCGAGCAACUUCCAUGCGCACGUGUCAUGGCGUUUUCAAGGACCAGUUUAUUUUUUAGAACAGUUUGGGCGCCAAUUUUGAAUAUCUUUUAAAUUCCACAAACCAGUCAGCAAAACUUACAGACCUAAAAGUGAUAUUUUGUGCCUUUUAAUAACGUUUAGUUUUCCGUUUUGAUAUCUUAUACUGCGAAUGCGCUCAUAGAUAUGGUGGAGAUUCUAUUUUCGCGGGAAAGCUGCCCUGAAAUGUGUCUAAAAAUAAACUGGUCCGCAAAAAUGCCGUUACAUAGGCUUAGUAUGGUAGUUGCUCGCUCCAGGUUAUAAGCUCCUGCACUCAGGCAGUCACUCAUCCAUCCUAGAAUCCAUCCGUCUAUACGACCAUUCAUUUUUCAGGGUCUUUGCAUCAAGUGUCUCUCCUAUCUUUUGUUCUCUCUUAGUUUUUAUGAAGGCAAACUUUCCUCCUUUAGUUCAACUUUAACUUUUGUACACCUAUCACUUACAACAUUAUUUACAACCGAAUAAAGGAAUGACUAUAAGGCUUACAAAAGAAAUUAGGUUUGCUUAAUCAAAAGAAACCAUAAAGGCUUUCAUUUCAAGCUUUAAUCUAUUUUCAAUAGCCAGCACGUUUCAGAGGAGGAAGGCAGCAGUGAUGAAGAAGCUUCAUCGAAAUCAGAUGAAACAGAAAAUAGCGGCAACGAAGAACACGAAUGGAAUAAUGAUCAUGCUGCUGUAAGGUACAACUUGUUGCGCAAGCGGCCAAGGAACAUGAUAAAAAAAGUAAUUGAAGACUCCAAAAACAGUGAAAAAGAAGGAAACAAUUCUUCAGGGGAUCAAGAUACGAAUGAGGAAAAUGCGGAGCAAAAUUCUGGUUUCUUAACGAGUUAUGCUCCAGAAAAUGAUACAGUAGGAGUAGGGGUAGGAGACGAGCACCCUAUUUUGAAGCCACACCCUAAAAAUGUGAGCGUUUCUUACAAUCAUACCAUUAUCAAGGAGAAAGAAAAAGAGAAAGUGAUAUUACCGAAGCAAAGUGAUGGAGGGUUUACAGGGAAUAAAACUGAUGUCAUUGAUAGACAAGAUGAGAACAAGAAGAGUAACAAUUCAGUAAAAUCAACGCAACUCAAGGAUACAUUGUCACAUGAUGUACACAAAGACGAAAAGGAAAGCAAAGUAGAGAAGCCAUUAAAAGCUGAGCAUAAAGGAAGUGUUCAAAAUACCCAACCUCAUCACAGACCUGUGAAGAAAGAGCCCAUUAGGACUGAUAAGGUCUCACCACACCUUGCCAGAAAGAAACUACAUAACAAGUACUUGGCAUCCCAUGUAACCCAUCCACAUAUGUCGGAAAGUCAUAGGAAAGUCACGCACACCAAGACUAUCAGAAAAGGUAUGGCGUAUACAUGUCACGCAGUUACGUUACUUUGGAAACUUUUUUUGUAGAAUUAGUACAUUGAAAGUUUCUGUAACCGAUCCAUCAAAGCUGAAAACUACAAUCUCAAUCCCAGGACUUUUUCCCUUAGAAAAUCAGGGAGGGGCGGGCGCUCCUCUUCUGAUGGAAAAAGCCCUGGGAACAAGGUUUCUAAAACUGAGGCUCAACUGUUUCUUCUUUAACAUAAAAAUACCAUUUCAGCUGCCCCAUCCACGUGCCAAUCAGACAAGAUCUUGGCAGGGCACUCGUUAAAAGGAGGAACUCGGGCCGGUCGUUUUGAAGUUUUGGGCGACACUGCGAGCAUGCACGCGUGUCUUCAGCGGUGCUGCUCUAAAAAGACAUGUGACGUCGCACUUUUGAUUGACGGGCGAUGCUAUGGAGUGGACUGCUACAGUGACGAUCUCUGUAAAGCGAUUCCAGUACCUCAUCCGCACUUUAUAUUCUCGCAACUUGGGUUCAUAAAUAAAGGACAAAAGAGAGGAGACAUCGAGAGGAAACAAGGUGAAAAAAAAUGCAACUUCAUAACUGAGUAUUUACCUCUUUGAGGUGUGGGGCGGGGGGCACUCAAGGGUAGUUUGGAGAAGAGGUGUGUCGUCUAGGCCUUCAAACCCUGACUGGCCUGUUAAGACAAAAAUCUUUCAUUUCCCUACCCGGUUAAAAAAAGCCACCUUAUUUCAUGACCUGAUUCACUUCGUUUCGCAUACAGAAUUAAGUUAUAAGGUAAUGAUAUUUUCCUGGGAAAAUUCCCUAGUACCAGAAAUGUUGACCUUUUAAAUCAUACCUUCACUCUUUGAAAAGGCUUCCGUUCCAAAAAGACACUUUGCAUGUUUAAGAUCCUAAAUAGUGAAACUGUAAACCGUGUUUAAGACUUAAGACCCCGAAAACCACACUCUGUUCAGCGGCACAUACCCGAAAGUCAGCGCCCCCCGCCCGGAGGGGGAUGGCGAUUAACCCUUGAAAUUACAGUUGACGAAGGGUUCGUUUCGGUACUUUAAUAUUGCUUUUUUAGAGUUUCACUGUCAGUAUGGAAACCUCACUCUGCGAAAUAAUGAAGAAUGGAGUGGUGAACUGUGCGGCGGAGUGGUUAGAUGUAAAAAUGGCAUCGUCACCGUUAAAAAAUGCACAGGAAUCCCACCCAAACCAGACGACUGCACCAAGCCACGUCUGGUUGUGAAACAUCAGAAAGGAAAAUGCUGCCAGAUGAAAUGGAAGUGUAAAGGUAACCUGUGUAAAAUUCUGGGCUAAUGGUCUUUACACGGGUUUAAUUUAAACCCUUUAACGACGGCUUUGGUCGUUUUCGUUCCAUAUGGAACGAUACAUGUUUUCCUUUUUGGACCCAUUUAGCGUUCAGUUUAAGCUAAUAAGUUGGUAAGUAACAACGUCAGCAAAGAUUGAUCUCUCCACUGAUACCUCGUUUUGGAUAUUUUGACCAAUCCUAACAGAAUUACACUCGCAAAAAAAGUAACGUUUUGGGGAUAAAUCCAUUCGCCACUUGCACUUCUCACAAAAUGCACCUUAUUUAUUGAGCGAGUGAGCGUUUUCACUCACGUGGCCAGUAUCUAUGCUAAUUUAUUAGAACAAAAGAAAGCAUUUACAUCACAAAAGAGUUUAAAUCCCAGAGGAUUUUCUGGGUACACCAACAUGGCCGCCGUUUCACUGUUUUGGAACACCAAUAUGAGCGCCGUGACGUCAUGUGAAAACGCUCUAUUGUAUUGACCCCCAACAUGGCCGCCUGGCCACGUGGUUGCAAACCAAGAAUUAGUAAAUCCUUGUUAAUCAUUUCGUAUUUUGCUUAAUAUAGCAAGGCACUGUAUCUUUAACAAUCGUCUGAUCAAGCAUGGAUACACACUCAGUGAUCCUCUUUGUACCGGAAUUGUCAGUUGUUAUAAUGGACAUUUAAACAUGGAACACUGUCCCAAGAUACCUGACAAGCCUAAGGACUGUGCACGACCAAAGCUCAAGACCAUCAAUAUUCCUGGAAAAUGCUGUAAAAAACUUUGGGUUUGUUCAGGUAACUGAAAUUAGUAAGGCUUUAGUUAUUGCUUCAAUUAAUUGACCCUAUCAAGAAAGAAAAAUAUGUUUUUUAAUAAUAGAGAGCUUAAACUACCACGAAAGCGACGGUGGCGAAAACUUCACUUAAAAAGUGAAUUCGCGCUGUUUUAAACUUCAAAGCCCACACUCAUUUCGUCCAAUUUGUCACAUGUUUUGGGAUUUUUUCGGCGUCGAAUUCUAGAGAAAUUUGUAAAAGUUCUGAGAGAAAUAAAAAGAGUAUGGUUAUUUUGUGUUCACGUCCUACAUUUUUAGCUCACGCCGUAGUGCAACGAAGGUAAAGAAAUGUACAAAGAGUGCGAGGCACGUUUUGCCAUUGUUUUUUUUUAAAGUUCUUGUUGCCGCCGCCUUCGUCGUUGCUUUUAAGCAAACUUUUAGGAUUUUCCUAAAACUAGACCAAGAGCCGGCUCCUGACUAUGUGAUUUCGUACAGUAAAUUUUGCCGAAAAGUCAAUUUCUUUACAAGAACUUGGGUCAAGCACCGCGACCAAGGCUACGAGGUCGCGCCCCGCCGCGUUGCUCAGUCUCCUGUCACGUGACCAGCGUAGCCAUGUGACCUUGCAGUCGCUAUCUUGAAAACGACAACGUUUCUAGCAAAAGGACAAGUUGUUUCUUUUUUCCUCUUUUUUUUGUCGAAGGUCUUUCGAAAAAAAUACUGGCGGUAGAAGGCAUUACUCAGAUGAAAUUAUUUUCCAUCAAUUUCAUAUGAUACUCUAAAAGAAUUGUAAAUGCAAAGGUGCUUUAUGUGAUACGUGUUUGUGAAUUCAAGAAAUCGAAUUUGAAAGAAAGAAAAUCGGAAUCAACAGUUCUCACUGGGUUUUAGUAUCGAAUGUACCCGGAGGAUCCCCACCACCUCCCCCUGAGCAAGGAAGGGAAUCAACAAAAAAACUCAGCCCGCAUAAGACUUGAACCAAGGCCAAAUAAUGUGAAGCAAGUGAAGUCAGCACUGUUCCCCGCCCAAUAUGAAAAUAUUUCACGUAAAAAUUCCGGACUAAUUAAGCUUUCUGGGAAACUUUCAACCUAUCCUUCCCCUAUGCAAACAUUAACACUUACUUAUUAUUUGGGCAAAAUAUUGGGUUAAGGAAGGGGAAGGUGGGCCGCUUCCCAGAAAGCUAACCCCCAGCAUCUCUUUUUCAGACAAAAGCUGCACAUAUGACAGUCUCAAGCUGUCGCAUGGUGAGAAACUCACAGACGCGUCAUGCGCAAUUGUUAUGGAAUGUAGAAAUGGCUUCCUGCGUAAUAAGCAGUGCCCAGGUCCCCCUCCCGUCCCUCGUACCUGCAUCAACCCAACAUUGAAGGUCAAGCGAAUCCCAGGAGAGUGCUGUGAAAUGAAUUGGAAGUGUGAAAUAAGCUAAGAAUGUACUUUUGCAUUAAAAGGUUAGUACGAGAAUAGUAACUACUUCGGGACCCCCUCGCGUGAAAAAGUUGAAAUUCCAGCUAGGGUGAAUUUCACGUGUACUUUUCAGAUCUCCUUAAGGAAGGGGAGAGUAUACUAAACCUCACUCGAGGGAACACAUUAUAUGCGACGACAAUGGAUCAAAUAUAUAAUCAACUAAAUUUUUCC